AUGACUUGUGAUCGUCUUUUACGCAAAAUUGCCAGCGUUCGAAAAUUGGACCUAAGUGGCCUACCAGCUUCUUCGGAUGUAGCUGAUCGAAUUGCCGACGGGAAUCUCCAGCACUACUAUUUAGGGUCCUUCGAUGCUGGCAAUACCCGUCCACUGCAUCCGCAACCAUCAACUAUCCCGUCUCUCGAUAAUGAUGACUGCUGGGGAGCAGAUUACACACAUCCGGAGUCAGCCACUGACGAGCAAGAAUUUACUCCCUCAACCUUGGACCCUGCGCUGCUUGAGGUAUAUGAAACCUUAGUUGGAGACCGCCCAUCCAGUUAA